CGAGUGCGUCGCAUUGUUUCGUACUGAGUGCGCGUCGAAACGGACAAAGUCACAGUCGAGUUGUUUUUAUGAACGUUGUGUCGUGAAUUGCUUUGUUAGACAAAAAACUUUAUUUUUUUAUAAUAAAAAUGUAAAGUUUAGUUGAUAUUUAUGGUGUAAAUAGUAGCUUACAGCCCUAAUAGUGUUUGGUUGUUAAUCAUGUCACGCAACACAAAAAGAAGUGCUAAAAUGUUUAGAGGUGAUGGUUCAUGUGUCUGGUGCUGGUAUCUUGUGUAUUUCCUGAUAUUACUGGACUUGGCGACGCGCUGUACGGAAGCUUAUGGAAAUCCCUCUUCAGACUUCAGUAAACAUAGUAUAGUUAGGCCGAAAUUUCACCACACUAGGACGAAAAGAGAAAUUACGACGACACAAGACGAGACGGGUUCACAUCAUCGCGAGGUGACAUUAACAGUAAGCAUAGACGGUGAAGAGCACGAGUUAGAUCUGCGACUGAACGAGGCGCUGGUGCCACGGGGACACUCGCUGAGCUACCAGCAGAAUGGCCGGACUAGGGUUCAAGUGCCGGAGAAAGAGGACCUAGAUAUAUGCCAGUACUCCGGACGUGUGCGAGGCAAGCCACGCUCAUGGGCGGCGGUAUCAACCUGCCACGGGGUGAAGGGCGUCAUCUACGAUGGACGGCAGAUGCGGUACAUCGAACCAGCACACGACAACGACAUAAACGCGGAUCACUUCCUGUAUUCCCACGAACACCUGGCGAAAGAGCACCGCUGUGGCUACGAAGGCGGCACCACACACAACUCCAGCUACGAUCCCAUGUUGUUCCAGCAGCGGACUGAAGAACUAGCACGGAAGAGGUCCAGAGUUAGUCGGUACAAACGCGACACCUACGAAGACACGCUAGUCCGAGAGCCGUACAACGCGGACCGUCGCUCGCGCUACGUGGAGCUCGUGUUGGUGGUCGACCACGGGGAGUUCCUCGCCAGCGGCGGAGACCUGCAGCUGGUCCAUCGGCAGAUGAAGGAUCUCGCUAAUAUCAUAAAUUCUGUGUACGCACCUUUGAACAUCUUCAUAGCGCUCGUGGGCGUAGAGAUAUGGUCAGAAAACGACGAAAUCGUGCUAGAAGAGGACGGAGACGCCACACUCAACAAGUUCCUACACUAUCGGAAGACUGUACUAGUCACUAGGAUACCUAACGACAACGCUCAACUGCUUACGGUAACUCGGUUCAUCAAAAAAGAAGAAUUUCACUACGACUACACGAAGCCCCAUUUCCGCCAGAACUUCAAAGCCGGCGUGGUCGGUAAAGCCCUCAAGGGGUUCAUGUGUUCCUACAACUACUCAGCCGGAGUCGCCACCAACCAUUCACGCGUUAUAGGACUCGUGGCCAUGACAAUCGCGCACGAGAUGGGACACAAUUUUGGCAUGGAGCAUGACCAGGAACCGGACUGCGAGUGUCCAGACAAGAAAUGCAUUAUGAGUCCCUCGAGUACCUCGGUGACGCCGGUGCACUGGUCUUCUUGCAGUCUCAAAUCCCUGGCCUUGUCUUUUGAGAGAGGCAUGGACUACUGUCUGAGAAACAAACCCAAGCAGCUGGCUGAAUCGCCGACCUGCGGCAACGGAUUCCUGGAAGAAGGCGAACAGUGCGACUGCGGCACCGCUCCCGGCGCGUACGCUCCUGAGGACAGCGACCGCAACGCCUGCACUGCUUGUUGUAAACCCGACUGUACUCUACGGGCUAAUGCUACUUGUGGCCACGGACAGUGCUGUGAUCUCACGACGUGUCGUCCCAAAGCAGCGGGUACAGAAUGCCGCGCCGCCGACCGCGAGUGUGACCUGCCCGAGUACUGCAGCGGACAUUCGCAGUUCUGUCCUCAUGACGUUCACAAGAUGGACGCCACGCCAUGCGGGAGAGACCAGGCUUACUGCGUGCGGGGUUCAUGCCGGUCCCACACGGACCAGUGCAGGCUGCUGUGGGGCGUCACGGGCGCUUCCUCUGACGACAAGUGUUACAAUAACUCCAACAUCAAGGGCGAUGACCACGGCAAUUGCGGCUACGACCGCGUGAACCAGAUCUACCGCCGCUGUGCACCGCAAGACGUCAUGUGCGGCAUGCUGCAGUGUCGCCAUCUUAACGAGCGGCUCGAGUUCGGCAUGGAGAACGCGGCAGUACUCACGGCUACCUUCAUAAACAACAACGGUGUAAUCAUCCCGUGCCGCACCGUGAUCAUCGACCUGGGGCUCAGCGACGCGGACCCCGGCCUCGUGCCCGACGGCGCCAAGUGUGGGCCCGACAAGAUGUGUAUGCAACAAAAGUGCGUGCCGGUGGAGAGGGUGCGAGCGGCGAUGGCGACGCGAGAGGGCUCCGUCUGUCCCUCUAACUGCUCCGGACAGGGCAUUUGUAAUUCUAACGGUAACUGCCACUGCUCGGCCGGCUUCGCGCCGCCGCAGUGCGCGCUGCCCGGCGCCGGCGGCUCCUACGACUCCGGCCCGGCCACUGACCCGAGUGUACAAAGAAACUUCAUGGUGGUGAUGUACGUGAUAUUCCUCGGCAUCAUUCCGGGCAUCCUUCUGGUGCUCCUCCUCGUGUACUACUCCCGCCACAACGUCCUCCUCUGGUGGAAGAAGCCCCGCAAAUCGGUUCAGUCACCAAAGAGCAGCCUCCAGCACCGCAUCUCCCUCGGCGCGCACAAGCUGGCAGCCAACUUCACGCAACAACCCCCACCACCCCCCACCGCCAGGCCCGACGACAUGAGCUCCAGCCUCCUCGAUAACACCAGCCCCCCACCCGUCAACCCCACGGUCAACUUCUUCGGCAAUUUCAAGGGCUUCUCUCUCACCCCUAUCGACAAAGAGGAGGAAAAAGAACAAGUCAAGGAACCCAUCAAAAGCGCGAAAAUCACCCCCGUACAUCGGAGUGGAAGCAACAGUAACAAUUUAGUCAACCAAGGCGUUUUAAAACCUGUUCUUCGCAGCGCGCCGCCUUUACCGGUCGUCCCAAACAGUCCGAAGACCAGUCCGUCUAUUAAAAGGACUAAUAGCUCCGUCCAGAGGAUCAAAGCGCUUAUGAAUGCUGAGAAGGAGGAUAGCACCCCCGUCAUGGCGACCCCGCCACCGCGGCCGGUCAUAUCCAGUCCUAUACUAGAAGCCUCCACUUGUACCGCGAAGGAGUUGAUCUCCCCGCUCGGCUCGAAGACUCUAGGCCCGGUGCGAGCGGCUCCGAAUGUUCCAACUAUAACACCAGAUUUACCAAAAAGACCAUUAAGCAUGCACGCGAGUACGGUCCCACAGAAACCGCUGCCCGAAGAACCUAAGAAGGUCAAAGAAGGUAUAUCGUUAAACAGGAUAGCUUCCUUUCUAAAACAUGACAAGCCUAAGGAAAAGGAGCGCAAUCCUGUUGAAAGAAGCCACUCGCUCCCAAAAAACCCUAUCCAUCAGAUAAAAAUACCAAAAUCAGUAGAUAAAGUUGCUCUAAGGAACCUGCAGAUAUCGAAUCCUAUAUUACAGAAGGGAAUAGAACUCCCAGUAACUACAGUACCGGUUGUGUCGGAUUCUGAAGACGCGGAAGAUCCUAAAGCGUUCGUGAAUAGGACUCAAAGUAUGAGAGCGGCUCCUGGCCUGCCUAAAGUGCCUUUACAAACUUUUGGCUCUAUGAGGCAACCCUCAGGUGCCCCGCGACCUAUUUCAGGAGUUGGCAGACCCACUGCCCCACCCCCUCCAGCACCUAUAGAAGAAAUUCCAGUCUACCAGAACCCUAAACCAAUAGAUCUUAAACAAACAGACUAUGUUGACUGUAUAGAAGAAAAACAAGCACCUCUCGCACAUAUAGAUGAAGAGUCAGGCGAUAAUAUCUAUGCUAUUAUUGAGGAAAGCCCUGAGAAGCACUCUAAGCCCCUCCCUGGAGUCCCCCCGCCUAUAAAAACAAUACCCCAAGCACCACCUGUAGGAUAUAACACUCCCAAACCCAUCCCAUGUACUUCUGGGAGCACAGAAAGCAUGGGCCUCCUUGGAGAGAUCGUUGACGAGAUUCAAAACAGAAACUUCGAUUCUAUAUACUCGGCUUCUACUUUGAGAAAAAAGAAAGGGAGGGCGAAGGAAAAUGAGGGUGACAGAGAUAGCACGUAUAUGAACACAGCGCCGGAAAGCGUUUAUAGCAACUCUGGAGGAAAAAGUGUCGCUUCUACCACUAGCAGUGGAUACUUACAUCCAUCAGCAGUUAAUGUACCUACGUAUUUGAACAAAGAUAAAGUAGAUAAUAAGCAGGAAGAAAAAGCGCCGCCUUCUCCAAAAGCGAACUCAAAAAUACCACAAUUCUCAAGACAAGUGACUCCUCCUAAUUUAAAGACUUUUAAAACAGUCCCACAGUCACCUAAAGUUGCAAAUAAAAUAAAUCAGAAAAUAACGAAUAGUCCAGAUGUGGUCUCAAGCUGUGCUGUGGCUGACAAAACUGUUAAAGCACCCGAUGUUAUAAAUAACAAUAAAAUAAGUGAUACUCCAAAAGUAGCUGCAAAACCUAGCAUCACAGCUAAACUGAACGACAAUAGACCACCUUUGCGACCCGCACCGGCUGUCGAUAAGAAACCAACAAUCAAACCUACACUAAAACCGGUCGCUAAUAUAAAUAAACCUCAAAUAAACCGUACAAAUUCCAAAGUAGACUCUAACAUAGCUGCCAUAGCAGACAACAUGAAUAAAAACAAACCUAAAGUGGUCCCAAAGCCUACGGGACUGCAAAGAACAGACUCGAAUGUAAAGCCUAACGCUAGUAGGCUGACGUCUAAACCGUCAAACGUCGCCAGUCUGCAGCAGAAGUUUGAAAAUAGAAAAUCGAUCGGCAAAGAGCCGGUAGCUAAGAAAUAAAGUAUUACUGCUAUCGUUUUGUAUGGCUUGAACAGUUUUAUUACGCGGCGAAUUUUUGCAUCGAUUCAACCAGCGCUGCACGAAUCCAAAAAAAAAAUAUACUUGAAGACCUUAAUAAAUUAACAAUUUAUUUCCAUUGUGUUACCAAUAUGAAUAUUCAAUUUAUAUAAAAUAAUUUAAUUGCACAAUGUAAUCUAUUAAAUUAAGCCUUAACUAUAUACGAAAACUUUAUCCAUCGGCUUUGAGUCUUAAUUUAUCAACAAUUUAAUUGAUUCCACUUUGUAACGAAUAUUUAUUAUUAUAGGUAACGUUCGUUAAACAAUGGAAUCAAUUAAUUUGUUAAACUAAGUUUUUACUUCUUUUAUAAAACCAUCAAUGAUGAAGCGCGACUGUAUCUCUGCAAAACGUCGAGACAAUGUGAAUGACUUUAAGCAUAUACAUAAUACAUAAGUAAGGAAACAAGUGGCAGCUAAGAAACAAAUACAUCUAGUCUGAUAGUAAGUAAACCGACACAGACAAUUCGACAUAACUCUGUAAUUUCCCGAUACUAAAAUGACACUUACCUAUUAGUACGUCUACUUACGGUUUAAUUAAUUUCGGUGUGUAACAAAAAAAUACUCUCGUUACAUAAUGAAAUAGAUUUCAGUUAUGAAACUUGUGAAUAAACUUCAGCAUUUUUUUCCUUUUGUAUCUUACAUAACGUGUCAGUCAUAUUUUGUGUGUUUUUCUCAUGUCCUUUAUGAAAUAAUCAAUAUAAUUGCUGGUUGCCCAAGAACAAUUUGUGUGACGCGUCAUUCUAAUAAUUUUUUGUCAAAAUAUCACUUUCUGGCACAAAAUAAAUAUACAAACAUGAGCUUCAUAGUUUAUUUCGAUAAACAUCAUUUUAGUAACGGGAAUCUAUCGAGUUUACGUUAUUAGAUUUAACGGAAUAUUUUUGGAAUAUUAACCAUAUUUGACAUUAUUUUAAUGUAAUAUAGCCUAUUUAACUCAGUGUUCAUAUUUUGAUAGUGGAAAAGCAUUUUGAAGAAUAGAUAAUUAUUAAAAUUAAAGUGUAUAAACGUCUUAAUAUAUUUCGGUUAAGAUUUCUAUGGAUUUUAACUGCUACCUGAUGAUUUGUAAGCAUUUUAAAAUUGCAGUAAAAUUCAUACGAAAAUAGGAUAAUUUAAGAGAUCUCUGUAAAUAAUUAAGUUGUAAUUUUGUAAAUUUUCUUUGGCGUUUGUGAUUUUCAACAUGAAGUGUCUUAAAGUCGUACAUACAAUAAAUGGUUUAAUUGUAUUAUUAUGAAGACUAUAAGUAACGUUUGUGAGUUAAAGAUAUACAUUUAGAUGUGUGUUUGUUGAAAACAGUAUAAAGUUAUCACUUUAGCAGAGAUAUGAAGUGACUGAUAAUCCCAGUACAAAUUUUUGUCACUAUUAAACCCAUUCAUUUUGUCGAGUCGGACUAAGCUAACUCUGCAUGGCUUUUGCAAUGACAAAGUGUGGCAAUACCAUCAUUAAUGUCAAUUUUCUAUAAAAACAUGAGGUUUAUAACGACACUCCUCACUUUGUUCCGUUGAAGUCGAUGCACAAUUAGGUUAGACGAACUUUAGACACCAAUUCAUUCAAUUUGUAUAGAGAUUACCAGUUUUUAUUAACUGUUGUCUCUGGUGAUAGUAACAUUAUGUUUCCAUGCCUACUUUCUUUUUUCAUCCUCAGUCUGGUGCUAAGGUAAUCAAUAGUUUAUUUCUAUACGACAGUUGUAUUCUAUCUAAUUAACUUUUUUUUUUUUUUGGCAUGACACAUGAUACAUGUAAUGUGUUGUGAGAUUCGAUGUAACUUUAAAAUAGAAAUAUCUAAAUCGAAAUAAAUGUCAUAUACGAACGAAAAAUGAGCAAAGCCUCCAGUGUCCAGAGCUGGAAUCGAACCAGCGUACCCCGUUUACCGUACAGGUGGCUGAACAGCUCGGCUAUCCGGUCACGGUGGCAUGGGUCGAAAUUUCACAAGUAUAUGUAUAUUUUCAUAGAAAAUAAUUUAAUCUGUUCUUAUAGUAAUAUCUAAAUCGUAAUAAAAUGUAUAUCCCUUUUUUUUAGAUUACAAAUUUUAUAAUCUCAAAAGUAGUGGUAACUUUUUUCCUCCUAAAUCAAAUCUAAACUAUGCACUGAAUUAUAGUAUUGUUAUAUAUACUUUGUUUAGGUCGGCAGGUGCACCUGCCGCGUGUGGACGAGGGAUCCUCUCUCGCAUAGGACUAUAUACAGCCACGAACGCAAGUGUCGUCACCAGGAUGCUGCUUAAAACAUUUGGCACAGAUGAAAAGGCUUACUAUUUUUAUAUAUACCUACAUAUUAUUGUACUAGCAUUUCUGAAGAAAAAGUUAAUUACCACUAUAGUGUACUUUUGAGGUUAGAAAAAUUCUAAUCUUAAAAAAAAACGGGAUAUUAUUUUCAUGUAGUCGUGAUAUUCCAAUUCCCACUGCCAGAUUGUUGUAUAUGUAUAAAUCAGAUGGUGCUGACGUGACGUCACAAAAUGGAAAGUAAUUAUUUUCAUAACUUAAGCACAUAAUUUAUAUUCCAUUACAUCGAAAUUAGUACUUGCAAUGUAUGUGUAACACAACAGGAGACUAAACUAAGAUAUGGGUUUGAAAAUAUUAGUUAGUUAAGGCCUUAAUCCGCCUUACUUAUUCUUUAGCAAUUUAGAUAUUCCAUUGCGUAACGAAAAAUAACUUAUUUAAUUUGUGGUAAUGUAUUUGGUUACACAACGGAAUCGAUUAAAAUGUAGACAAAUUAAGGCAUUAACUAGCGUUUUUCAACUAAUCAAAUUCUGAUUUUUGGAUCAUUAAGAAUAUAAGGAUAAAAUGUAUGGAAGCAAAUUACAAAUAGGUAAUUAAUGAAUGUGUAUAUAAUACUUAAAUUAGAAAUUAUUAAUUAUUUUGGCUUUUAUGGCGAUAUCUUAUGAAGACUGAACCCGUCGAAGAAAUUAAAGUGAUGCUUUAGCUGCUUAUAGAUAUUAUUCCAAAUAAGUAUUUACAGAAAUAUAAAUGGCAAGCAAUGUGACUGUAUUUUACUAAAUCGCACUGAAGAAUGGUGAAAGAUUCGCAUUUAUAUUAUUUGGGGUGUUUUAAAAAGGUUGAGACCUGUGUAUGAAGGUUCAAUACCUAAUUUUAUAACAUUCAUGUUUAUCAUUGAUAUAAUGUCAUCUAUACUUUUCUAACCUAAUUAUGAUCAUUAGAUUCGACGGAAUAUUUAUGGAGCUUUUGAUUGUUAGAAAAGGAUAGCUGUUAUAUAUGCGGCGAUAACCAGUGAGUUCAAAUAUUUUUCCAUGAAUACCUUUUUUUAUUUUGCCAUCUAUACCCAGUGUUUUUGUGUAAUAUGUUGAAACAGAAAUAACAUCAUAAGUCUGUGCUACUUCUGUUUCUCCAUAGGUUUUGCUAAGUGAGCUCGAAAAGUACAUAACUAGUUAUAAAUACAACCAAAGAAUAAAUAAGUGCGUUUCACAAUUUGACAGCUAACGUGAUGUUUGGUUGAUUAUAAUAUAAUAAAUAAGCUUAUUUUAUACUCAAGACUGUGAAACAUUCACAUAUUGUUUAAAAAAGCACUAAGUUACUUUGACCUUAAGCCACUUUGCGCCACUUGCACCAUCCCACUAACCCGGAGUUAACCCCGGGUUAGUCGGAUGGUGCAAGUGACGUUUAGUCAUUUCACAUUUGUAGGAAAUGUUACUUAAAUGUAAAUAAUGGUCACUUUAUAACCUAAGUCUUUCUUUGGUUCCAAGUGACGCGGAUGUUUUUGAAAAUACACCAAAUUUAAACUUA